GGUGCGGGGGAGGGAAGGGUCCCAAGGUCGGAGCCUAAACGCAGCACGGAGCACCGCAGCCAGUGCCUCCCUCCCGCCUUCCCUGCGUCUUUGUGCGCUUUGCCGCCUCCUCCCAGGAAACGUUCUUCGGAGAAUUUCCAAAGGGACCUCAGCCGGCCAGGCAGAGGAGGUAUGGAUCCUGCCCACCGCUCUCGGGAGGAGGGAGACCGAAGGGCACCGCUCCCCGAGCCACGCGCGCCGCCUGAGCCCGGAGUGCUGACACCCCAGGGAUCAGGUGCAGUCCUCUCCCUCUUCCUCCUACGUUCCAGUCUGGACUCACCUACCGCUUCCCAGGAAGGACAAGACAACCCCGACCCCCGCAGGCCUGACCCCCAGAGGAUCCCCGCCCGCCGCGCCCCGUGUCUCCCCCAGGCUCGCCCAGAGCAUGCUGCCUGCAGCCAUGAGGGGUCUCGGCUUGGUGAUACUCGCCCUGCUGCUGUGCCCCACACCGGCUCAUGGCCUGUGGUGCCAGGACUGCACCUUGACCACCAACUCCAGCCACUGUACCCCGAAGCAGUGCCAGCCCUCAGACACUGUAUGUGCCAGCGUCCAGAUCACUGACCCCAGCAGCACCAGGAAGGAUCAUUCUGUGAACAAGAUGUGCGCCCCUUCCUGUGACUUCGUCAAGCGGCACUUUUUCUCAGACUAUCUGAUGGGGUUCAUUAACUCUGGGAUCCUCAAAGUGGACGUGGAGUGCUGCGAGAAGGACUUGUGUAAUGGGGUGGCUGCAGUGGUGGGGCGCAGCACCUGGGCCCUGGCUGGGGGGCUCCUGCUCAGCCUGGGGUCUGCCUUGCUCUGGGCUGAGCCCUGAGUCCUGCCUGCUGUAGGGCUUUGGAGCUUGUCCCUGAGCCUGUUGGUGCCCCCCCCUGCCUGGCUUGGUGGAGGCCUGAGCAGGGUGCCCUGCAUUGGAGUCUGUAUUUCCUCCCAAAUGUGAGACCUCACUGCCUGUCCACCAGCAUUGCAUCCCAGGCAGCCAGACUUCUCCAAGGUGUCCAGGCAGGAGGCCGGGGGUGAGGGCAGGGGACUGGGACCCCCAGGUCCCUGAGGGGAAGUGAGGCUGAGCCAGGUGCAGCCCAGCACCCUAGCCCAAAGGGCAUCUGCUUAUCAAGAAAUAAAGUCACUUCUGAGUUCUGAG